UCUUGCCGAACCACCAAAAAAAAAGAGAAAACUUAAAGAAUGAUUAUCUUAAGUAUAGUUCAAGUAAUGAUUGUACAAAUAAUUUGUCGGACCAAGAAAUACAGAAUAUUCUUUUUUUAAUUGUUAAAUUUGCAUUUGAGUUUUGAAAAUUUCCAUGGCUCUUUGCCGGUCUAUUUUAAAAUAUAUUUUACGAAAGAAUUGCAAUGAAGUUUAAAAGAUACUAUCUGACACACCAUUGAGUCACGCAUGUAUUCUCGUAUCCUUUUGGUUUUGAGAUGACCUGACUCAAAACACAUACGCUGGAGUGAUAUUCCUAGCACUGCGCGUGAAAACUUCAUUUGCCGGGAAGAAUGUCCCUGCGGCGUGGCGCAAACUGGUGGCGCUCCUUGGAACCACGUAGGCGGAGAUCCGGCCGGCAGCCGCUGUAAUGAGGGAGGGGGGAGGGAGAAGAAUGGAGUGUAAAAGGGACAGAAUAACGGGGGUAGAGGGAGGCAGGCUGAGGCGGGCGAUGACACCGCGUCUCACUGUCAGACAAGGCUACGCUCUGUAGUGGAUGGAGGCUAUCGUCGCUCAAGCAAGGAAUAGGUUAUCGUGGAGAAAAAUUCGUGUAGCAAAAUUAUUUUUAAUUGUUACAUUUUUGAUAGAAGUUAAAUACCAACACGAUGCCGAAAAAGACACCAUUCAGAAAGAUCCGUAAAAGAACUAAACGGUCGAAGUGCAUAAGAAGACUGAAGGAAAAAUACAAAGAAUUUGUUAAUGCUGGUUUCAACUCUGUGGAAAGGUAAGAUUGCAAACUUUUGAGUGUGUUCAUCUUCACUAAAAUUCUGCCAGCACAACAUGUAUGUAUUAUAAAAUCACAUUUUUAGCUGUGCAAAAGUCCUAAUAUUAUUAAUUAAUUCCACAGGACAUCUUCCAGUUUAACAGAUUAUGCUCCUGCUGCUGCUACACAGAUGGAAACGUCUGCCUACGUACCACCUGUAUGCCAGGGCGAUCACGACACCACCAGCGGUAACGUCCAAAAUAUAACCGAGUAAGUAAUUUAAUUACAUAAUUUCGUAUAGUGCUUGUUACCUAAGCAUGAUGCGAGGAUCGUGCUGUUAGUGUUAUGUAAGGCACAGAUGAUGGGUUCGAGUACCACUCUGACUGAGGAUUUUGAGGCUCCCUCAGAUAAAGUCAGUGUGUAGUGUGUAAGUCAUCUUACAAUUAGUUUAUCAGCAUUAUAAAUUAGAAGUUAACAAGCAAAAAAAAUAUUUGAAGCGGAUGCAAAAAAAAUGCUGCAGGUUGUGUAAUUUUACUCAAAAAUUCCUUGUGUAUCAAGAAAAUCUAAAUGUCUUUCGUUCAAACUUGUUCAUGCAUAGACUUAUUUAUAAAGAAAAAAGUGUUUUGUUGUACAUGUUUUAAUUCCCUAUUUUGCAAUUCAAUUUAUAUGUAAAUAGAUUGGUCGAUUUGUCAGAAUGCUUCUUAGGUAACUUAUUGAGUGGUUGUGGGUUCCAAACCUCCUAUCGCGUUAUAUAACUAUGAAAUAAUCCGGUGACAAAAUGUUAGAGAACCUCAUAAUCAUGGUUGACUGUCAUACAUUGACAGUGAUUUAUUCUCGGUUUAAAAAAAUAGCAUACACUGUCUGUAUAAAUGCACUUCAUGUAAGUUAACUACUAGCCGAAAAUGAAAUUCACCCCUGCAUUAAAUAUGUAUCAACAUAUACUCGUUAAUAUAAAAAUAGUCUGGUAAAAUUACCCAUUCAUAGAAAUUUAACACUUUUGAUGGAACUUUUACUUCUGCAUAGAGUGAAAGAAUUCACGAACUUUGUAGGUGCAAAAGGACACUAACAUCGGUGGAAUCUCUGCUGCCGCAGACUAUUGUGUAAAUUUACACAACUUUUUCACAGUUUAUCGUGUUCCUAGUGAUCACAUACAGUAGCAUUAUAAAAUUCAUUAUCAGUAUUCUAAAGCACCAACUCUCUAAAUCACCUGGUAUUCCACUACACUUAAAAUAUUCAAAGUAACCAUCUGAAAUCAUGCAAAGCUUUGGUGGGAAGCUGGGUAAGAAUGUAAUAACAACAGCCGUUCACUCAUUGAUGACACCAAGCUAGCACAGUCGUCCGCCACCCUCGCCAACACAAUAAAACCAAUUUUUAGACAGCAAUGAAUUGCGAGUCGGUUACGCAUAAGAAGAGUUGUUUUUUGGUUAUUAGCAUUUUUUUUCAACGAAUAAAUAAGUAAUUAAGCUGCAGCAAAAAAGUUCACUGUACUUAGAGAAGCAGGCACAUGGAAAUCGGAUGUUGUGACAACUGUAUCUCGCAAGGCGUAUUAAAAUAAACAUAGUGUUAAAACGUGGAGUGACACAGACUAAGUAAAAUUCGUUUUAAAUUGUAUGUUGUCGUAACAGUUCACUGUGAUAAAUAAAAGUUUCAAAUGACAGACGUGUGAUUAAACUGAUUUUUUUUUCAGCGAGGAUAUUUCUGGAUUGGAUUGCUCAUUCUUGCCAAGUGAAGAAGUAUCGAAUGUUGAAAUUCUUCCAAAUGAAACUGCUGAAACUGUGACAAUGAAAGAAAAAAUCGUUCAAGGACGUCGUUUUGUAAAUAUGAGUCACAUGUUAAACCAACUCACCUCUUUAGCUACUCAUGUGCUACAGUGCACAACAGGUCGCUUUGAAUUUCAGUCCGAAAAAAGAAUUGGCAUUGUCAGCUACUUCACUUAUAAAUGCAUGAUGUGUGAAAAAACAAGAAUAAUUUCAACGGAAAAAGAAGAAGAGGAAUUAAAUGAUUUAUUUGUGUGGGGAUCAUUAUCAGUUGGGAUUGGACACCAACAAGUAGAAGAAAUGAUGGCAGUAAUGGAAGUCCCUGUAAUGAGUAAACGGAAAUGGACGAGACAUGAACAGCGAGUUGAAAAGGUAGGAAAAAGCACUAUGGUUUGUUUUUUAUUUUGCAUAAUAUAAAUAUUGGUACCUGGGCGACCGAGCAUCGUUCGCGUCUUAUAUUUUUUGCUUUAAAAUCGCUUUUAUUCAGGGAAGAUACCUAUUAAGAUAAACUUUAAAGGCAACACGUUUACUAAAUAUAAAUUUUCAUCAAAUAGUUAGAGCCGAUUCGGAGUUGCCCAUAUGUGUGUCUAUAUAUAGGGCCUACAUAUACACAUACACACACAAUAAUUGCUCAUUUAAUAGUACAUAUUAGAUGAUUUUUCUGCAGAAAUAAAUAUUUUUUGUCAUUGGCUGUAAUGAAUCAAAAUAAAGGUAACAGCAACAACUAACCUGUUAUUUAUAUUUUUAGGCAUGGGAAGACAAACUGGAAAAAUACAUGCUUGCUAAUGGAGUCCAAGAACGUGAAAUCGCUCUAAAGAAGGGCAACAUAGAUGAAGAUGGAAUCCCUUACAUUACAGUCUAUCAAGAUGGCGGUUGGUGUACAAGAUCAUACGGCCAUGGUUUUACUGCAAAAUCAGGAGUUGCUUGCAUAAUUGGAGCCGAAACUAAUGGUUUGCUGUACGUUGGAAUACGCAACAAGUAUUGUUAUAUAUGUAACAACCAAGAAAAACCAGGCAGCAAAUCCAGGCCACAUAAAUGCUACAAAAAUUAUAAAGGAACUUCAACAGGAAUGGAACAAGAAAUUAUUGUACAAGGUUUUAAAGAAAGCGAAUCUAUGCAUGGGGUACGUUAUUUGUACAUUAUCAGUGACGGUGAUUCAAGUUCGUAUCUGAAGAUUCAGCGAGGUGUUUCAUAUGGUAGACAUGUAGUGAAAUUGGAAUGUGCCAACCAUAUGAUAAGAAACUACACUAGCAAACUUCAUGCCAUUACCAAGGAUACCACUCACGUCAUCACUGCAAGGCGUCAAUUGUCCCAGUUAAUUCCUCGAUUGAAGAGAGGGGCACGAGCAGCUAUUGCUUCUGCAAAUAAAGAGUGCAAUAGUACUAUGCUGCAAAAAGAUUUGAAGAAUGGUCCUUACCACGUAUUUGGCGAUCACGAGAAUUGCCGAGACACAUUUUGUGUCAGGAAAGGUACGGGCGAGAUAAACAAUGUUCCAAUUAUGUCUGCAACAACUAUAUGGCCAGCUAUAAUGAAAGCACUAGACCCACUCAUUACCAAGGCUGACAAGUUGUUAGGUAAUAAAACAACUAACCAAGCAGAACGCUUCAUGAGUUUGAUUUCAAAAUUUUCCGGUGGCAAACGGACAGAUGUCUCAAAAAGUGGUCGGUACAAAAGGUGCUGCUUGGGUGCUAGUCUGUCACACAUCAAAGGUCCGAACUGGCACCUUUCACCAGUAAAAACUCUAUUAGGUCGUAGCCCAGGUUCAGUGACAAAGCGAGUUUUAAAUGCACGCGCGACAGCUGUUGAAAGGAAUCGCAAAAGAAGGUUAUCUGACAGUCGUAUAUCUGCCAAAAGAUAAUGUGUAUUUUCUCAGCCAGAUUGUGACUAUGGACCCGAAGCUGCCCAACCCGAUAUUUCUACAGAGGAAAUGGAGAGAAAGAAAACGAAGGUCUUGAAGCGGCUCGAAAGUUCAGUUUCUUCCGAACAUCUGUGUCAUGAACUGGAGAGAAAUACGGUCGGCCAACAUUGUAAUGUUGCUUGGAGGGAAGCAAGACUAAACAGACUGACUGCAUCGUCAUUCUCUAAAGUUUGCAAAAUGAGAUGUGACACAUCUUGCCACAAUAUGGUGGUUUCAAUAGUGAACCCCAAGGAUAUCAACACAGGCGCAAUACGGUACGGACGUAUGCAUGAAAGUACCGCAAUUAAAGCUUACGUAAAUAAGUUCCAAAAAAAAGUGUCCCCUUGUGGACUUUUUGUUCACCCAUCGUACCCUUAUCUUGGAGCAAGUCCGGAUGGAACAGUUGAGAACGACACUAUCAUUGAAGUUAAAUGUUUCCCUUCCAUCAACAACCUUAAAGUUAACAAUUCUCCUGUAAAAUCUAUACGAGAGGCUUCCAAAGUAAAAAACAUAGGUGUUCACACUAACAGUGAAGACAUGUUGGAACUGAAAAGAACACAUCCUUUUUUCUACCAAAUUCAAGGACAAUUGAAUAUUUCGAAAAGGAAGCAGUAUGUGCUGAUUUUAUUUUGUGACUUUGAUACCGAAUUCGUACACGUUCAGUGCGACGAGACCUUUUGGAAAAAAGACAUGCUUCCGAAGUUAGAACGGUUUUACUUUAACUGUGUUCUUCCUGAGAUUGUUGACCCGAGGAAUGUUCGUGGACUGAAAUGCAGAGAUCCUGAAUACAUAGAAGAAGCAAAGUCAAAGAAACUUAAAGAAGUGAAGACAUUUUAAAAUUUAUUAGUUAUGUGACACUUUUUGUUCUUGAAUCUAAUUAGUUUUAUUAUUGUUAGUAUAUAAUUUGUUGUAUUUGAAAAUUUAAUCAGUAAUUUAGAGAAAGCAAUCCAGACUAAUAAUACAUAUUUCUCUUUUAAAUACGUUAUGUUUUCCAUGGACUUGUGGUGUAAUCUCCAGACUACAGUUAAAAAUAACAGUCUGAAAGUAAGUUCAUUCUAUGUAAAAUUUCUAGAAGGUGGAGAAACAGAAACAAACAUUUGGAAGUGGUGUGUUAUCAGUCUUGGGAUGUACAUGUAGUGCUGCACACUAUAUUAAAAUGCUUUAACAAAAUUAGAAAUAAAACUGUUCUUAAUUUAAGUACACAUGAGUCUUUAUUUUACUGUUUAUUGUAAUGUCAUUAUGUAACCACUGCACUGUAUUUUUUGGAAGGCUUGAUAAAUUAAUAGAGGUUCACACUUUUUUCUCUGCGGUAUGCUGCGAAUGACAUUUUCGACUUUUUGUGGUAAGCUAAGAUUCCUAUACAUGUCAAAGUACGUGUGUGCCUUUAAAUACAAUAAUUAAUAUCUAUUUUACUAUGCAAAUUGUGCAUACCUUCAAUAUUAAUUAAUAAAUCUAACUUUCAACAAUGUCAAAUAAGUACUUCAUAAAUUACAAAUUGAUCAUGGAAAAUAUAUUUCUAUGGGCUAAAGAAAAUGAGUGCUUGCAUAUAUUCAAUUUAUGUUCAUGUUCAUAUAAUGUAUGUCCUUUAAUUUUUAAUUGUUAGUAAUGCGUGGCAGUGUAUGGCAUAUAUACCUAUGUACAAGUUUUGUACCUGUCGUGCAAUAUUAAUUAUUUAUUGUAACCUGUGAAUGCCAAUGUUGUUAGCAAUAAAAGAAAAUAGUAAAUUAAAAAGCUUUACGCUAACAACCUUCCAACCCAACAUAGUGAUUGUGUAUCCUCCGCAGUUUGGUAAUUUAAUGAUGGAUCAAUAACAGAAACAAUUUUUUAGGUUAAGAGUGUAGUUAUGAAUUUUUAUUAUGAGUAAAUCAAAUUCUAGUGAAAUAUGUACUUAUUUUACACUUGCCGACGCUCAGCGAGUUAGGUGCAAGUGAAUAUUCACGCAAAGGAUUAACUUUAACCACUAUGACUAAUCAUUUUAUGUCUAUGCAUAAAAAGAGUUAAGUGAAUAGAAAAAUAGUGAGAAAGAAAAAACAUCCUUUAUUUUCGAUAUUUAGUCUUCAAGUGUUAUAUAUUAUAUAAAUAUAAAGUCUUUAAAGAGGAAUUGGUAACAAUAUUUGAGCUCAUUUACGAUAUCGAAUUUCUUAGCUCUCACCCAUAUUUCUUGAAUUCGAUACUAAUAGCUUUAUAACAAUAGUUGCAUACAGUUUUUAUAUUUCUAAAUUAAUUUCAUUUAAUUGUAGACUUUUGCAAUUGGUGUCAAAUAUUGUAAACUGGCUAUUAUUAUGAAAAAAAUUGGUCUGAAACAAUUAUUAAACGAACAACAAUAACAGCGGGAAGACAAAAAAAUAUGGACGAAAGGAAAACGAUAAAAAAUAUUAUUACCGUAGUAGCCACAGUAACAGUUGCUUUGAAAAUUCAUGCAGACCUUUUAAAUAUUAUCCACAUAUGUCUUCCAAAAAAUGUUUGUGUACGACUAACUAUUACUGUACGGAUAGAAAACAGAGAGGGUGGAGGAAAAAACGUAACUCCACUAUUAGACACAGUAUCAAAUCAAUUAAAAUUUUUAAUCAUUUAAAAUAUUAAAACGAAAAAUUUUCUAAACCAAUUUUUGAUACGCGCAUUUUAGCUGUACGUAAUGAAAAAAUAAGUUUUGAGGGAUUGAUAAAUUCUAACCCUCUUAGCAGGUAUAGUUCAGCAAAUCCAUCCAAAGUUUUUAAACGUUCUAAAUAUUAUACAAAAAUAUUGUCUGAAACAAUUAUUGAACCCUUACUGCUAUGGGUGACCAUAAUACGCACGCGAAACAACACCUUUACGCCCUUAGUACAUACAGUUAGAGCCAUUUAAAUGUUUGUUUUAAUAUUUUAAAUAUAAUCAAAACAUACGAACAACGAUGGAAAAAAAAGGUAAUAUGGACAACAUAACGACAACACCGACUAACACGGUAGGAUUCCAAUGACAAAACUGUUGCGACGUUUCGGGAACUGGCCUAUGUUCCAGAGGCGUAGCACAGGUCACUAGCACCCGGCGCGGAUCCCAGAUUUGCCGUCCUCUUAUUUUUCUAAUUGAUUAUAAAAAAUUGGGGCAUGGUAAUUAUUGAAUAACAGUAACCUUAAAUUUGAAAAUGACAUUUUUUGACAUAUGAACAACAUGUUUGUAAAAAAAUUAAUUUAUAAUAUUGCAUUUUAUUCUACAGGUAAACAAACAUGACAGAGAUGGCAGAAUACCUAUUAAAAAAAUUACAGAGAAAACGUAAUGCAAUAACGAUAGGAGAAAGAGAAAUCGCCUACAUAAAACGAACAGCUCUGCAAACUAGAUACGCAGAAAUUCAAUAUGUACGCUACGUAUAGUUUCAUAUGAAGGCCGCGAAAUAGUUUGUGUUCGUUUUUCGCUUUUUUCUCAAAGUCAUCGAUACCUUGUAAGACGUAUCAAAUUGAAACACGAUUGAAUAAAAUAAAGAGAUACGCUCAGUCAUUACGGCGAAGUACAAAGAAUUGGCAAGGAGAGAUGUUCGUUUAAAUUAAAAUUGAAACCAAAUAAGUUUCCUAAGUAUUAGUUAUUGAGAAACCUUGCAAUAUCCAUGCAUUGAAUAUUGUACAUGGAUA